CUCUCCGGAUGUUCUCCAGUAGCGGAGAAACAGUGUGUGAAUGUGGCAACAGGGAGACAGGGAGGGGUAGACCAGACUAGACCAUGGUUUUGCAUUUUUUUCUGAUCCCACCCGCGAUAUAACCAAUUAUUUACAUCCUACCAAACGCACCGACCACGUCGGGUAACUUUUCGGAACAGCACGCGUUUCUUUCCUGGGGAUUAAAGCAACCUGAGAGCAACACAGAACAAGAAGAAGAAGCAGAAUAAAGACCAUGGGGCUUUAAGAGGUGUUAAAAACGAUGAUACUUUGCGAGGACUCCUGAAGCUUAUGUAUUUAUUUAUUUAUUUUGACCACCGUUCCCCUUUUUUAUGCCCGCUCCCCCCUUCCACGCCGGGGCGGUUUAGCGAGAGGAGCGCCGGACGCGUAGCGGGCGACACACACGGGGGGAAGGAUGGACCAAGCCUGCAUCCUGAGAAAGUUUAUCGAGGGGGUCACCGCCAUGAGAGAAGGGGACGAGCGGGGAGAGGACAACUUCGGCAGUGACUUCAUGAGGCUUCGCCGGCUGUCCACCAAGUACCGUACGGAGAAGAUCUACCCCACCAACGUAGGAGAGAAGGAGGAGAACGUCAAGAAGAACCGAUACAAGGACAUCCUGCCAUUUGAUCACACCAGGGUGAAGGUGACGUUAAAAACAACCAAUCAGGACACAGAUUACAUCAAUGCCAACUUUAUUAAGGGUAUGGAUGGGCCUGAGGCCUACAUCGCCACACAGGGACCCCUCCCCAACACGGUCAUGGACUUCUGGAGGAUGAACUGGGAGUACAACGUCGCGGUUAUUGUGAUGGCAUGCAGAGAGUUUGAGAUGGGCAGGAAAAAGUGUGAACGGUAUUUUCCGAUGCUGGGGGAGGAGCCGAUGUCUUUCGGGCCCUUCAGAAUCUCGUGUGAAUCAGAACAGACCAGAACAGACUACUUCAUCAGGACCCUGCUGGUGGAGCAUGAAGAGGAGUCGCGGAGGCUGACCCAGUUCCACUACAUGAACUGGCCCGACCACGACGUGCCCUCGUCCUUCGACUCCAUCCUGGACAUGAUCGCCCUGAUGAGGGAGUACCAGGACACGGACGACGUACCCCUGUGCAUACACUGCAGUGCUGGCUGUGGGAGGACGGGUGCCAUCUGUGCCAUCGACUACACGUGGAAUUUGCUCAAAGCUGGGAAGAUUCCAGAAGAUUUCAACGUUUUCCGGUUGAUCCAGGAGAUGAGGACACAGCGGCACUCUGCAGUCCAGACAAAGGAGCAGUAUGAGCUGGUCCAUCGAGCCAUCGCACAGCUCUUCCAGAAGCAGCUGCUCUUCCUGGAGAGUCCGACCAGCACGCCCAUUCACGACGGCAUGGUCGAGAGCAGUCCGGAUAAGAUCUGCCACAGAUCAGACGAGGAGCGCUGGGACACGCCCCCCCCAAAACCACCUCGGGUUCGCAGGUAACACACCUUCAGUCUGACCUCUGACCUCUAGGACACGGCCUGAUCCGUCUGUCACACUACCUGUUCAUUUAUCCUGAGGUUUGAGUUGAAUGAUCCUGCGUCCAGCACAAUCCAAGCACACUGCUGACAAACGCUUUAAGGGAUUCAAAGCUUUUUAACGUGCACUUCCCUCAAGGCCCUCAAAACGGGGGCCGCGGUAGACCUGGGAGAGGGCUAAAAAAUGUUACUAAAGAAAAGAGGAAGUCGACAAGUAACUCCUCUCCUUCCACGACCAGAAGGUGAAUAUUCUGGCUGCGGCCGGGGUUUCGGAGAAGCCAGUAUCUCAUCAUGUCGCCUUGGUCUCACACACAUCGUGGUCACUUAAUGAUUCAUAGUGCAUCCAUUUUCGGAUGCGUCUGCAGGUGUCCCUAAGAGAAGAUUAAAGAUGUUCUAAAACAUCAAACCACGCAGUAUUAUACUGCCUGCAGUACCGUGUUCCCUCCCUGCGACACUGCCUGAGGUGGAAGAAGCCUCUUCCUCCCGGCUGCCUCAGACUCAUUCAGAUCACUCAUUACAGCCCCCUCUCUAACCUGCAGAGGGCUGCCCUCAGCCCACCGUCGGCGUAUCUGUUUGUUUCCAAAUCCGGUUAACGGUGAUUCGUUCAUGAGAGCCAAUGGGCUUCCAUC